AUGAGCGUUCCGCCGAUGAGCGCAGCGGCGGUGGCGGCGUUUGGCGGGAAGCUGCUGGAGGAGCCGCGGCGGCGCGGAAUCGAGAUCGGCGGUUGGCGCAUCGAGUGCCGCCACGAACCGAUUCUCACCGCUGAAGAGACGGAAGCGUGGCAAGCCGCUCUCUCCACGCAGUGGCUUCCCGAGAUGGUGUUUGGGAAGAGUUGCCUGCGCGCGGAGCACCUUACCACGGGCGUGGGUGUGCAGAUGGGGGCGCUAGAGGCGCUGAGGGGGUGGAAGGAGGCGAAGCUUCCGCCUGUGAAGGUGCCUGCUGCUGCCGCGUGGGGGAAGAGAAGCCGCCCAUCCACAGAUAUCAUUCUCGAUUAUGACUACACCUUCACCACGCCCUACUGCGGCUCCAUUAUCACCAGUAGCAGCAACUCUCUUUCACCUAAAAUCGGCACCAGCAGCACUCACGCACCUGCUGAUGUCAGCGCACCCCUCGCGUCACGUGUUGCUAACAUCAGCAUCAGCAAUGCCGGCAGAACCGGCAGCAGCAACAGCAGUGAAGGUCUGGCAGUUGGAGUAGGAGGAGGGGAAGACGGGAAAGGGGCGAGAGCGAGCGCAGAGGGAGAAGAGGGGAUGAGGGAGGGAGAGAUGGAGGGAGCAGGGGUGGCAGAAGGGGUGGGCAUUGACUGGGCCAUGCUGCUGCGCCGCUGGGCCAUGGGCAACCCAAUCCUCUUCUCCUAUGUGGUGGUACUUAUGGCUGGGAUGCGCAUUGUUCGCACACGACUCGCACGUUGGGUGCUGGCAGCAGAGAAUGGUUGGGUGAUGGCAGCAGAGAAUGGUUGGGUGAUGGCAGCAGAGAAUGGUUGGGUGAUGGCAGCAGAGAAUGGUUGGGUGAUGGCAGCAGAGAAUGGUUGGGUGAUGGCAGCAGAGAAUGGUUGGGUGAUGGCAGCAGAGAAUGGUUGGGUGAUGGCAGCAGAGAAUGGUUGGGUGAUGGCAGCAGAGAAUGGUUGGGUGAUGGCAGCAGAGAAUGGUUGGGUGAUGGCAGCAGAGAAUGGUUGGGUGAUGGCUGCAGAGAAUGGUUGGGUGAUGGCAGCAGAGAAUGGUUGGGUGAUGGAAUAG